UUAUCUCUACUAGGCUCUAUAUUAGAUGAAAAAGGAUAGACAGAGACCACAAACUCAAAUAUCUUCACUAAACUUUCGUUUCUUUUCUUCCUUCUUCCAUCCAUGGCGGCUAACCACUUCAACUCCCAUCUGGGUUUAGCUCUAGCCUAUCUAAUCUUCCUCAUUUCAAUCCCCAAAUCUCUAUCAGUCCUUGAGCCUCAGCCUGCUCCUCCCUCUGUCUGGGAUAUCCUUCCUAAAUUCGGUCUCCCCAGUGGGCUUCUACCAAGCACUGUCACCGAUUACGUCCUCCACGAUGAUGGGAGGUUCAUCGUCAUGUUGGACAGCCCUUGCUACAUUCAAUUCGAGUACUUGGUCUACUACGAAAAGACCAUCACUGGAAAACUGGGUUAUGGCUCCAUUACCGAUUUGGAAGGCAUUCAGGUGCAGCGGUUCUUCUUGUGGUUCGAUGUGAAUGAGAUCAAGGUCGAUUUGCCACCCUCCGACUCCAUAUAUUUCCAAGUUGGAUUCAUCAACAAGAAGCUCGACGUUGACCAGUUCAAGACCAUCCAUUCUUGCCGUGAUGAGGUUACGGGCUCUUGUAAAUAUUCUUCGGAAUCACUUCUUCAGCUUCAUGAAGAUACAAGGAAAAUUUUACCUGAAUUCAAGUUACCAGUCCUUUCUGGAGUUGUAUCAUAAUGGGACAUUAAAGUCAAAAUUCUCAUCCUUUUAUUUAUUUUCCUUGUAUCUAUGGAAUAUGAUUCAUUGUUCACAUCUACAAAAAGCUAUUUGGUUGUCAAUUUUAUGUCUUGAAACUUCUUUUGCUCCUGGAUGUUUUAUCUAUGUCGUCAGUAGAUAUACGAGAUGAUUAUGCCCCAUGAAUCAUGGACAAAUGGAAAAUGUUGACAUGAAAAAAGUGUAUUUUUUAGCAUA